AUGAGGGACGGGAACUACUCCUUUGAAAGUAGAAUUGGGAGAGAGGAUCAAUUUCUACCCUUAGGGUCUAUUACAAAGCGUGAACCAACUCUCCCCAAGAGUGAAUGGCAAAAGAAGCUAACUCCAGAGCAAUUCUAUGUCACCAGAGAAAAAGGAACUGAACCGCCUUUCAGUGGGAUCUACCUGGAUAACAAGGAAUCAGGAAUGUAUCACUGGUGCUGUGACAGCCCGCUGUUCAGUUCUGAGGAGAAGCACUGCGGCUCUGGAUGGCCUUCAUUUUCUGAGGCUCAGGGUAAAUCUGGCUCUGACGAGAGUAACAUGGGGAUCCUGAAGCAAGUGGACACCUUCCUGGGAUUACUGUUCACUGAGGUGGUCUGCAAGCAGUGUGACGCCCACCUUGGCCACAUGUUUCCUGGUAGACCUGGACCUGCUGGUCAGAGGUUUUGCAUCAACAGUGUGGCACUGAACUUCAAGCCAAGGAAAAGCCGACUCUGUCCAAGAGACCCUUUUCCCUUGCUACUCCCUCAUUUACACCCUCAGUUUUCAUAACUCACAGGAAUGACCUGU